AUGCCCAUUAUAAUCCUCCUCAUCGUAAUUGCAAGUCCAUCGCAUGUUUUGACACAAACUACACCAUCUUCACUGGAUUCAUCCUCAACCGUUGGAACAACUACGGUAGAUACGGGAACUGUCGGCUUGCUGACAACCACGAACCCACCUCAGACAACAUUAGAUACGGGAACUGUCGGCUUGCUGACAACCACGAACCCACCUCAGACAACAUUAGCCCGACCACCUGACUGGCCUGAGCAAGAAAAACCUGUUACAAAACUGGAGCUUGCUGGCACAACGGUGGAACUAUGUACCCAUCGACACCUAUGCAGUAGUCUUGGUUGCCACUUUCAGCCAUUUGAAGAUUUCGAUCGUACUGGGGCUGCUCCUCUCUGCCAGUGUGAUCCAGAUUGUGUCUUCUUUAAUGACUGCUGUCAAGACUACAAGGAAAGUUGUGAACAUGUAACAGAUGAUGAUCAAGGGACUGACUCCAGGCUUAGGAAACUCAAGCUUGAAGAUUUAACCUGCUACCCUGGCAAUACAAAGAAGGGUUACUAUGCAAUAGCGUCUUGUCCAGAGGAACGCCAAUCAGUGUCUGAUGAAAUGCUGUUUCUUUGUGAAAACGUUGACAGCAACGAUUUGUUGUCGACCAUUCUUGUCUCUGGAGUGAAGUAUAACCUCCCGUACAGGAAUGUUUACUGCGCCCUCUGCCAUGGGGAAGACUUAGUCGACUUAACAUCUUGGUCUCUUGAUGUAGAUUGUUUUGGGGAGCAUACAACCAAAGAAGCUCUGGGGCUACUAUCAAACUCUACUUCAUCUGAAACUCUUGAUUAUUUACAGAAUACCCUGGAUUGCACUGUUCAACCCAAACCUCAAGACCCGACCUUAAACAUCCUCAGAGCUUGUUUCAUUGUCUUUUUUGAAUCCUGCCCUGCAGGUCAUCCACUUAGUGAAGCUUGCGAAUCAUACACAGCUUUCGUCCACACAGCAUUAUUAUUCGAUUAUCUUGAGAGCAAAAAUCCACAUUGUGUUGCCUGCAACAACGAUGUUGAAAAUGCUACAGAAUGUGAAAGUUUCUACCCUUACAUUCCACUGAAAGGCGUAACUCCUCAACCUGGCCUUGGAGGACCACCUAUUGGUGGUGUACCACCCAUUUCAAUUGUCUUGGACUUCCGAUCUGGGGGCAAUGUUAAACUCUUGAGGGAAGAGACGGUUGUUGUUGAAGAACAGGUUGCAUGCUCAACCAAUGAAGUCUAUGAUCCAUUCCGUACAAUAUGUCGAAAGUUGUCUUGCUCCUUUGGGUAUGAGUUAGUUGGAAAUGAGUGUGUCUUAAAGUCCGAGCAUGAUGAUGAUGGCAUUGUGGUUUACAUACAUGUCACAGUUUGCACUUCUGAGCCUCUUGGUUAUGCCUCUGAAGAAGCUGUCAGAAACUGCCUGCAAGAGCUGAUAAAAGUCAACCAAAGUAAGCUUGAGGAAUCAAUUAUUAUUCCACUUGGAACACCAAUGGCGACUUGUUUCCAAAAUGAGCAACAAACGACUCAUCCUUAUAUGGUCCAGACAGACAGAAAAACCUUCCAGGAGUUUCAUGUCAAUCUUCAAGAGCCAAGAGGCGUGAAAUUUUGCCAAACCCAAAUUGAUGCAAUGAAGAUUGUUGCUAUGGAAGUAAUUCACCAUACAGCAAAUCUUGCUGUUGGUAAAUGCAAUGGGCGAUGGAUUACAGAAGCCCAAUUCCACACGGAUGGGUCAGGUUUAGUGUACAUAAAUGAAUCCGACUCUUGGUAUGCAGCCAACCAAACGCUACAACGAGAGGUUUUCAUCCAUGAGGAGCUAUCCAGCGACUUGAAGCAAUCUGGCAGUCUUCAGCUUUGCCUCAAUCCUGAUCUGUCCUGCUUAUUAGAGACACUCAACAGUUCCUUAUUUCUCCACGAUGAUCUGAACAAUAUUCUUACAUACAUUCCAACCGGGGAAAUGUACAGUCGAGACCAAUACAUAGAGACAUGGAGUGGACAAAUCCAAGUUUGUUCCUUCAAUGACCGGAAUGGAACUCGAAACACAACUAGAAUCAUAACCUUCUUUGAAUACUCUCAACCUCAGCAGAUUCUUAGUCUAAUCCUUAACAUCAUAUCAAUGCUUGCUGCUCUAAUUACCUUUAUAACCUACUGUGUCUUUAAGGAGCUUAGAAACCACACAGGUUAUCUGAUAAUGAACUUUGUUGGCACUCUCUUUAUGGCACAACUAUUUCUCUUAUUCAGUGGAGUGGCCACAAUUUAUCCAUCAGUCUGCACUAGUGUCGCUGUUUUAGCCCACUACCUUCUGUUGGUCAACGUGAUGUGGACUGGACUUUUGGCAUUCGACCUCCACCAGACGUUUGCAACACGAUCAAAAGUUCGACAGAGCAAACAUGGUAGCAUACCUAAGGCAGCAGUGUCAAUUGCUUGGGGUACCCCUAUUCUAAUCAUCCUUCCCUGCUUGAUCUUACACCUCUGUGACUGCACUGAGAUCCCGCUGUGGUAUGGUGAUGAGAACAUCUGCUGGAUCGGGAACGGUUACGUCAACAUUGCUGUAGUUGGAGGUCCAAUUGGGGUCGUCAUAUCAGCCAAUGUCAUCUUGUUUGCUUUUACUAUCCAUGGGAUAUGGAGGACAAACAGAGACACGAUUACAGUACGGAAGAAUAAAUCUCUGGUCCAGCAGACAAAGGAGGAGUUGAUCAUAUACCUGAAAAUCUCCAGUCUGAUGGGUUUCACUUGGAUCAUUGGCUUUACAGCAGCUUUCACUGAUGUGAUUUUACUCUGGUACAUCUACAUCAUUCUCAACUCUUGCCAAGGUCUUCUGGUCUUUCUCUCCUUCGUCUGUAAGAUCAGCAUCUGGAGACGGUGGAAGAAGACCUUUGCCUCGAGAUGUUGUCGACGAGAGGACCACCAAGCUCACAGUUCAAACAUGUCUCAAGGAUCUAGUCCUUCGAGACCAACAGUGUCUGCUGACACCCGCAUUACAAGGAUUUGAGUGUUAGAAUAUUAAAGUAUAUUUGAAGAUUUUAAACAGGGUUACCUUUGAUUUAAUGAAUUUGUUCAUCUUGAAUAUUCUAUAAUAGCUGUAAAUAUAAGUGUGGCACAACCAAUUGUAUAGUAUUCAAGCAUGGUUCAAGUUAAUUGCCUUUCCUGUUAACAUUUCCUCCUUUUAAGGGGCUUAAACAGCUUAAAAGCUGUUUUAUAGCACCCAUGUAGUUUGCUAUUUUCUUAGAAGUCUUUGUAACUGUUUUACUCUGGUCUAUUUAGCUGUGUUUUAGUUUUGAUUGUUAGUUAUUUCUUGGUUUAGGUUUCACUUAGUUUGAAACGAAUUCAACUUAAGAUUUAGAUCCCAAGUUCAUUCAUUUUGAUCUUGAUGGUUUUUAUUGUUUGGUACUGCUUUUGG